AUAUAUAAGAUUAUUAUUCUUUUUUAAAUAAAUUAUUAAACAUUUGUGUGAUCAAUUGUAGGUGACAUGGGGGGAAAAGGAUUAUUAGCAAUGGAGUUUGGCAGUCUCAUUGCUAGCAAUAUGCCCUAUUAGGUCGACCUCCACGUGAUUCCCUCUGGAAACCAUCGUGAACAAUUCUUGUCGAAUUCAUCACGAUGGGCUAACUGACCUGCUUCAUAAUUUGAGUGGGAGAUGAGGACAUAUCAUCUCUCACUGGUGCCCCGCUAGUGUAUACCAAUAACGCGGGCAGGAUUACCAUUCUAUUAUCACCCAUAAAAAAAUUGUGUGUGACAACUAGGUAGAUAUAUGUAUAUACAUUAUCUGUCAUAAGACUAUUAUUUUCACCUUUAUGUCAUUGUUAGAUUUGAUUCAAAUUCUCUUCAGCAAUGUAACUCAAGUAUCAACAAUAAUUAAUCAUAGUAUAGAAGAUCAAUCCACUCUAUCUCAGUCCCAUAAUCGUGUCAAUUAUAAAUUAAUAUCAUAAGGUGCAUUCCACAUUGGCGAAUGCGUUACGAUCUCUCUGCAGCUGUUGUGCAAAUUUAAAUUUACAUACUUUUAGCCACGAUUUUAACAUUUACAGUAUAGUACAACUAACAGAAGAGUAAAAAAAAAAUAUUUUAUAACACGGAAUGUGUACCGAUGCAGUGGGCAUUGGUUAUAAAAAUUUUGGAUGGUUACAAAUAAUAUUAGUUUACACACUUUACGUGUGAAAGAAUGACAUACAAAGAUGAAUAACUUAAUAUACUAAAUCAUAAUUUUAUUACAUGAAGCUCAUAUGCCAGUAUGGACGCUCCCUUAAGAAAGUGCUUACAGUGUUGAACAUCGAUAUAUUUUGCAUAUAUACGGUCAUUCAGAGUAGUCAGUUGAAAGAUAAACCUCGUACCUCUACUAGUGCAAAAUAAUUGAAAAUAGAAAAUUAUGCAUUAUAAUCGAAUUAUAUUAAUUGUUUUGGCCAUAACCUCCUAUAUGAGGGUGAAUUCCCAAAUAUUUAAUAACCCCCGUGUAGUUGGUGGUGCACCGACGACCAUAGACAAAUAUCCAAUAUUAGCCCAGUUGUUGUUAGACUCCUUGGGAAACCAGAACUUUGAGCAAUACUGUGCCGGCACAAUAUUGACUUCCCGUCAUGUAAUAACAACGGCACACUGCUUCCAAUUCAGCGUGCACACAAGCAAGAAUUAUACCUUACCCAAGUACUGGAAAGUACGCGUCGGAUCAUCGUAUCGCACCCGAGGUGGCGUCUUACAUAAUGUUAAAACUAUAAUUCCCCAUCAUGCCUUCGAUAAAUAUUUCUAUACAAACGAUAUUGCUAUGGUUGUCGUCUCAAAACCAUUUCAGCUAGGAGGAAAUGUUCGACAAGGAACUAUAAUCAAACGAGGAGUGGAAGUGAAAUCAAAUUCAAUCUGUACGUUGAUUGGAUGGGGAGCUAACCAGGUUGAUGGACCUCGACUAGAACAAUUACAGCAUGCCACUAUGUUUGUGAUAGAUCAAAAAGUAUGUGCCAAUAGGUAUAAUACAAUAAAAGCGGUAAUCGCUGACACUAUGAUGUGUGCUGGUCAACCCAACAUCGGUGGGGUAGAUGCCUGUUUCGGUGACUCAGGUGGACCAUUAAUAUAUAAAGGUCUGGUAGUUGGUCUCGUAUCAUUCGGUUAUUCCUGCGGGCAUCGAUACUAUCCUGGGGUCUAUACAAAAAUAUCACGUUAUACAGAUUGGAUUGUUAAGACUGUUAAAACUAAUAAAUAAAUUAUUUAUAUACA